CUUUAGACGCGCGAGUCUCAGGUCCCGCUAAUUACCUGACGGGCGCUGCCCACCCCUGCCCCGGCGCACCUAGCGCGGUGGCAGGCGGGAAGGCGGGGCCUGGGGGAGCCCCACCCCUGGAGACUGCGGCUGGGGCCUCUCUCUCCUCCGCCCGCCCGCCAGCCACUAGCUCACUGCGCCUCUCCUGCAGUCUGGUUGGCACCGGCUCCCAUUCCGGCUCCAGCCUCCAAUCCGACCCCCAUUUCGGCUGCAGCCUCGGACCUAGCUCCGGCCCUCGGUCUAUCCGGUUGCAUCCUCCCUCCCUGUUCCGGAUCUUAUCUUGCGCCAGCGCCUACUCCAGGAUCCCGUAGCCAGACCUCAAGCCAUGGCUGGUCCCUUCUCCCGUCUGCUGUCCGCCCGCCCGGGACUCAGGCUCCUGGCUUUGGCCGGAGCGGGGUCUCUAGCCGCUGGGUUUCUGCUCCGACCGGAACCUGUACGAGCGGCCAGUGAACGACGGAGGCUGUAUCCCCCGAGCGCUGAGUACCCAGACCUCCGAAAGCACAACAACUGCAUGGCCAGUCACCUGACCCCAGCAGUCUAUGCACGGCUCUGCGACAAGACCACACCCACUGGUUGGACGCUAGAUCAGUGUAUCCAGACUGGCGUGGACAACCCUGGCCACCCCUUCAUCAAGACUGUGGGCAUGGUGGCUGGAGAUGAGGAGACCUAUGAGGUAUUUGCUGACCUGUUUGACCCUGUGAUCCAAGAGCGACACAAUGGAUAUGACCCCCGGACAAUGAAGCACACCACGGAUCUAGAUGCCAGUAAAAUCCGUUCUGGCUACUUUGAUGAGAGGUAUGUAUUGUCCUCUAGAGUCAGAACUGGCCGAAGCAUCCGAGGACUCAGUCUGCCUCCAGCUUGCACUCGAGCAGAGCGACGAGAGGUGGAACGUGUUGUGGUGGAUGCACUGAGUGGCCUGAAGGGUGACCUGGCUGGACGUUACUAUAGGCUCAGUGAGAUGACAGAGGCUGAACAGCAGCAGCUUAUUGAUGACCACUUUCUGUUUGAUAAGCCUGUGUCCCCAUUGCUGACUGCAGCAGGAAUGGCUCGGGACUGGCCAGAUGCUCGUGGAAUUUGGCACAACAAUGAGAAGAGCUUCCUGAUCUGGGUGAAUGAGGAGGAUCAUACACGGGUGAUCUCCAUGGAGAAGGGUGGCAACAUGAAGAGAGUGUUUGAAAGAUUCUGCCGAGGCCUCAAAGAGGUGGAGAGACUUAUCCAAGAACGUGGCUGGGAGUUCAUGUGGAAUGAGCGUUUGGGAUACAUCUUGACCUGUCCAUCUAACCUGGGCACUGGACUUCGGGCAGGAGUGCACAUCAAACUGCCCCUGCUAAGCAAAGAUAGCCGCUUCCCAAAGAUCCUGGAGAACCUAAGACUCCAAAAGCGUGGUACUGGAGGAGUGGACACUGCUGCCACAGGCGGUGUCUUUGAUAUUUCUAAUUUGGACCGGCUAGGCAAAUCAGAGGUGGAGCUGGUGCAACUGGUCAUCGAUGGAGUAAACUAUUUGAUUGAUUGUGAACGGCGUCUGGAGAGAGGCCAGGAUAUCCGCAUCCCCACACCUGUCAUCCACACCAAGCAUUAACUCCCCAUCGCCAGCUGAUGACUCAAGAUUCCCAGGAGUUCUGCUCAUUCUAAUGAUGGCCCAUUCUACUUGAUCUGGACCUGCCCCCGCAUCCCCUGCCUCCAUCCUAGUAAAGACUCCUUGCUAUCCUGCA